UCGCGGCACACGGCCUGGUUGCGGUCUCCAGGAAAAUAACUUGUUUUGUUCUUGAUCUCUAGGUUGUAGAGUGGUUUGGAAAAUUCACGCCUUGGAAGUGGAAUCCUGGUGAAACCGAUCGCGAUUUGGCCACAUUUAUUGCGCCGCUGAAUUGAGGAUCAAGAGACUUUACCAAGCAUCGCGUGAUUUCAAGGACUUUGGCGGAGGUGCGACAUCGAAUGGGAGUCGCCAUUGAAGGGGCUCAGCGUUGGGGUUGAUGAUCGAAGGUGGAUCGGACUUGUGCGUUGAGUUUGGGAGCGAGGAAAAAGGCGGUAAAAUGAGCGCGGCGACUCCUGUCUCGGUCCAGCUUUCCCUCUCCGAUGGCCAAGUCAAACGAGAAGACCGCAGCCGCAGCCGCGCGCCCGCGCAAACCCAGGAAAAGGCUCUCGACCAACCGCUUCGAGAACGGACUCUUCCUCCAUUCCAACCCGCCUCGAGCACUCUCGAUGCAACUAAGUGAGAUCAGACGUUGGAUCAGGGCGGGAGAUUUAGACAAAUUAGAAAAUGUUAUACUGGAUGGUCAAGGACAGAAACUUCUCAGCGAAUUUUCCAGCGAUGUGCGGACACAGGAAUUCCUCAAGACAGUGCCGGCUUAUAUGGCACGAUUGGACAUCCUGCACGAGAGCGUGGCUCGCGGACGGUUGUGGGACGUGAAGCUCCUGCUGGGGAGCAAAGGGGAGGGCGACAACUUGAGCAAGAACGCGGCGCGCCUCGUCCUCUCCAAAGACAGAUACGGCCUCGGCCUCCUCCACAAGGCCGUCAAGAGAGCCGAUCUCCAGACCAUCGACUGGCUCAUCGAAAACUAUCCCAACGUCAUCCACGUCCGAGACAAGGACCGGAGGACGGCACUCCACUUCUGCGGCGUGAGCGGGGACCCGGAAGGGACGUGGCGACGCCUCGCCGACGCCGGAGCCGACCCAGCCGCGCUCGACGCCUUCGCCAGGACGCCCGCCUUCUACAUGCACCGCCCGGACCAGUUCCACGCUCACCAGCCCCGCAGAUACGCGCACCAACACACACAGCCCAACAACAAAAACCUCAAACACAAUGUGCCAAUCCAAGUACGACCAGCUAACAUUCGGACAUGGAUUCACGAUCAGAAUCUCGGGAAGUUGAAGCGAGUCCUAUGGGAAGGACAAGGAGACAAACUCAGGAUGGAAACUAGCGCGCAUCCGGCAGUGCGAAAAUUUUUAGCCGCUGUUCCCUACAUCAUGGGCAUAAUAAAAGACACGCAUCAUGCCACGGUCCAUAACAACCUUCAAAUGCUGAAGAGAAAGACUGCCGAUCCGGUGCCUCCAGAGAUUUUGCUCAGUAAAGACACCAACGGUCUGAACCCCUUGCAUAAAGCAGCGGGCCUAGGAUUCACAGAUGUGGUGCGGUAUAUAGUUGAUAGAUGCCCAGAAGCAGUGACCCGACUAGACAACGAAGGAAGGACGCCCCUUCACUACGCUGCAAUUCAGAAAGAUGGCCAACAAAUUUUCAACAUGCUUCAGAACGUUGGAGGAGAUCAAAAAAUUUUCGAUAGCAGGGGCAAAACUGCGAGUUACUACAAGCUGAAGCCAAACGAGUUGGACAUGAAACUCCUGCAGACGAUUCCCUCUGCACCGCGCAACUCGAGUGUGAUGCCCUCCGGGUGGAGCUGGGAGCUGUUCAACGAUUGGGAAUCCGGACCGUCGACCCACAGCAACAGCCAAAAAUCGGAGGACUCGACUUUCAAACCAGAGGACGCUUCUCAAAAUGACAUUUCUGAUUAUAAAAAUGAGCCUGAAUCAAAUGGACUUCACCUUUCGGAUACAAAUGGAACUCAAGUAAAAGACAAAGAGAUGACAGUCGACGAAAAUCGAUACGGGGACUCGAAUAACAAUGAAACAAACUCGGAGCAUAAAGCAUUAGAUAAAUCGUUAGAGUUGCAUGCACUAGAAGGAAUCAGCCAUAAGUCCAAUACUUCUUCGAGGAUCAAGGCACGUGACUCCAGUAAUAUAAAUCUCAAAAAAGAUACCCCGGCAGACGUUAAUGGAAAAAUUUCUGCUUUGCACGAAAGAAUAUCUAAAAGCAUAUCAUCAAAUGACUCGGGAAAUCGAAGAGGCACCAACACGCACGGAGGUCACAGUGACUCUGAGACUAGCCUGAAUGAAUCGGAAAAAGAGAGAUUUGUGAAGCUGGAAGAUGAAUUUCGGGAUGAACACAUUAAAAAUGUAAGUAAAGAAAAUUCUGAGAACAAUAACAUAAUCGUGCUACCCCCGCCGGCUGAUAUGAAUACUGAUAAGCAAGAAGACAACGAAGAGGACUCAAAAAGUGGUGACAGACAAAAUGAUGCGAAUAAGCCAAACGACAGUCCUAAAAAAGAGACAGUUCAAAAUGUUCAAGAUUCAGAAAAUUCUGAUGUUUCUGUGUAUAAACGUAGGCAAUCUGCUACACAUGACGGGUCCCCGUCGCCUAAAAAAGAAAACACUUUGGAAGAUAAUAAUAAUAACAAUACGGAGGGAAAAAAGUCACCUGCCCAAGCUACUGAAGACGAGCACGAUCAUGGCGAAUUGCAUAAUCUGCCGAAUGAAGGGGCAAACACUCGGUCACAUUUGCAUAAACAUCCGAAUGAAGGGGCAAAUACGCAGUCAAAUUUGCAUAGCCAUCCCAAUGAAGGGACCGAGGAGCAUUCUGAUUCGCAGGACACUCCGACCGAAGAUAAUGGACCGACGAGAGAAGAGAAUCUCCUCAAAAUCGUGGACGACGAACUGCGAGAGAACCAGGAGCUGACGAGCCAAGUUUUCGAGAGCGUGAAGAAGAAGCAAGGUCCCGAGUCGGAGGAGCUGGCGGAGAUCACGAGUAACUCGACGAGAUAUCGGAGUAUCUCCGCGAUACCGCCCGCACCGCCGAUAGGCGAGACCGUCGUGCGGGAGUUCGACAACGGGGUGGAGAUGACCGACAGGGAGGAGGUCACCGAGGAGCUGGAGAAAGCCUCCCUGGAGAGUAGGCAACACGCGCAGCAGCUGGUCCAAGAGGCCGACCUCGAGAAGUUGGCCGAGAUGGUGCUCAGCGGCCAGGGGACCGCUCUCCUCGGACUCACCAGCCAAGACCCACGCGUCAACUCUUUCCUCGAGGCUGUGCCGUCGUACUUGCGGACGAUCGACUCGGUGCAUAAAGCAUGCAUGAGGGGGGACCUGCGCGGGCUGGGCCUGGCGUUGACGCGGCGGAACCUGGCGGUGGCCCGCGACGGCGAGGCCUACUUCAAGCCGACCCCGCUCCACGUGGCCACGCUCUUCGAGCACGGCCAGCUCCUCGAGUACCUGGCCGCCCGCUUCCCGGAGACCCUCCACGCCCGCGACGCCAAGGGCCGCACCGCCCUCCACUACGCCGCCACCCUCCCCGAUCCACAGCACCGACUCUACCAAGCCCUCCUCCGACUCGGCGCCGACCCCACGCUCCCCGACGAGGAGGGUUACAAUCCAGAUCAGUACCUGAAAAAUCGACAUCUACUGCAGCAUUCUUAUCUCAUGGAGAUUUAUCGAAGACAAAACGCAGCUGAGAAAAAUGAAACUCAAGACUCCGAGGAGAAAAAACCUCCGACGCCGAAGCGACCUCCGUCGAUCGGAAACUUGCAAAUUUUCGGGGCGGAAGACGGACGAUAUCUAUCGCAAACUGUAGGGGGUCCUUUGAUUAAAGGUCUCACCGAAGUUGUCAACGUCCGCCCUAAGAAUCCGGUCAAGUAUCUGGGAAACUUCUUGGUAAACUACGAAGAAAAGUCUGGAGACACGGAUGAGAAACUGCAAAAAGGUCGCUUCGAGAUCGUGGCGAGCACGUCGAGGCCAGCAAUUAUGAGCAGCGCCGAUAAAAACAAGGGUUACAACCUCCAGAAGAGUAAAAGCUCGUCCGGAUUGAAAUCUCCGACUUCGUCUCACUCCAUUCAGAUCAGAUCAAACUUCAAUCCAAUCGCCAGGGAUGAGUUCGGGCAAUCGAUGGUGCACUUGGCAGCGGCCCGACCGCACAGCCGCAACGCUUUCUACGAGCUCCUCAUCGAGUUGGACUCCAAUAUCAGCCUCCGGGAUGCGCUCUAUCGCACCGCAAGGGACAUCGCCGUCCUAGCCAGCAAAAUCGAGAAUGCAGUUUCCAUCGACAAAUACGUUCUCUAUCUUGUAGCUAAAGGUGAGAUUGAUAAGCUGAGAGAACUGAUGUUGGAUGGCUACGAUCAUUUGGCCGAUCUAGAAACGCCUGAGCCGCCACAGAAAGUUGCAGAGGACCGAGGACACGAGGCCGUAGUUGCAUUAUUUGACAACAUCAAGUCCUUCCAGGAAAAGAGGGACGCGUUCCACGGAGCGAUCCGCGUGGGCGACGAAGCCAAAGUGGAGGAGAUGGUCAAGGAGAAUCCGGGGACGAUCCGGGAUCUGGCCGUCGCCAAGAACAUCCAAAGCAGAUGCAGCUUGCACGUGGCUCUCUUGGCUCAGGCAGAGGACAUCGUCAAAUUCCUCGUCGAAAGAUUCCCCCAAACCUUGAGGAUCGGUGACAAUUUGGAACGGACGCCACUUCACUACGCAAUGGCCUUGAACAAAGUGGAGAUGGUGAGCAACAUUCUCAUUCAAGCCGGAGCAGAGAGAGUUGCCAAGGAUUUGAAAGGACGACAGCCGAGCUAUUACUUCAUGAAUAAGUCUGACAUACACGAGCUUCAAGAGGAAGAGAAACAGCUCAGAGAACAGCCGGAAGAGCAGCCUCCUGAGGGAUAAACAUGUUUUGAUCCGACAUGAUGCAUGGAAGUUCAGCAUCUUUGUUUAACCGAUUGGAAAAAAAGUCAAUAAAAAAGAGGGGGGAAAUGUUGGCAUUUGACUGUGAUACAUAAGUUUAAGAAAUAAAGUUUGUUUGUUGAAUA